AUGCCGGCAGCACCGACAGCAGAAUCCUCUUCAGCGCCAGCCACAGGCCAAUUCGCCGUCUUUUCGAAAAGCCAGCGAUGGUAUAUUGUCGCCUUAAACGCCGGAGCAGGCUGGUUCUCAACGCUGAGCAGUUUCAUUUACUACCCAGUUUUGUCGAUUUUAGCGGAAGAUCUGCAGACAUCAAUUGCGCGCAUUAACUUCACAGUGACUUCAUAUCUCGCUAUAUCUGGCGUGGCCCCGUCUAUAGCUGGAGAUGCUUCCGAAAUGUUUGGGAGACGGCCGGUCUACCUGGUCACGCUUUCCCUAUAUUUUUGUGCAAAUGUAGGAAUCGCGCUUCAGAAGUCUUUCGUUGCGCUUCUCCUGUUGCGAAUGCUCCAGAGUGCUGGGAUUUCAGGCACCUUUUCGGUUGCGUAUGGCGUUAUUGCAGACAUCGCGACUCCGGCAGAGCGAGGUGCCUUCGUAGGAGCUCUCUCAUUUGGCAUUACGACGGCUCCCAGCUUCGGACCCCUUCUUGGAGGCGUCCUCGCAUACCGAGCAGCUAUUGUCCUUGUGUUGAUAGUUCUCACCCUUCCAGAAACAGCUCGAUCCGUCGUCGGGAACGGUUCGAAUGCGCCUUCGAAAUGGUCAAGGCCGCUUAUUCCGAACGUCAUGCGACCAUGGAAAAAAGAAUCGCCUGAGCCCUCCACCAUCAUUUACAAGAAAAAGGGAUUUCCCAAUCCGCUCAAGACGUUGGUUGUUCUUUCUCGUCUGGAUACGGCUGUAAGCAUUACGGCUGGUAGUAUUCUUUACAUGAUAUUCUGUGCCUCGCAUGCAUCUCUCUCGACGACAUUAAUAUAUAUCUACAACCUGAAUGACAUAGAAGCUGGUUUGAUUUACCUUCCUUACGGCGCUAGUUGUCUUGUAUCAACUCUCAUGUCCGGGAAGUUCCCUAUUGAAGAAGCCAGGAUGAGAAGCAUUUUCGUACCGACGUUCCUUGCAACGUUUUCCAUGAUUGGAUACGGUUGGGCCGUUCACUACCACGCCCAUCUCUCCAUUCCUAUGAUUCUCCAAUUCUUGACUGGACUCGGCAUUCAGACAUGUUUCAAUUACAACAACACUCUCCUGGUUGACAUCAACCACGAGGCACCGGCAACGGCACAAGCAUCAUUCAAUUUAGUUAGAUGUAUCAUGGCGGCCUUAGCGACUGGGGUAAUCCAAUAUAUGAUCGAUGGAAUUGGCUUUGGGUGGUCUUUCACUAUCUUCGGGGGCUCGGCCGCGAUUUCUGCUCUUCUAUACUUUGUGGAAAUGAAGAGAGGGAUGCGGUGGAGAGUUGGAAACCGAAAAGAAGAUGCUGAGCAAGUUGCUCCGCCGUGA